GGAAUUAUUGUGACUGGUGGCUGUUAUGAGUAUUGUAAUAUGAAUGUUUCGCUUCAUUCCGUGGUACGUUGUUAUUGCCGAAUCAGUUGGUAACACUGGACAGCAGUUAAGGCGCAAAUCCCUUUGCUUACUUUUUUUGAGAGAGUCGACCUUCGCUAGAAGUAAUAGUGUUCUGUGGAGUCGACCUCUAUGCAGCCAGCUCGACGAAUCUGUGGGAUUUUUGGCGGCAACGGGAAGAGCGAAGUUGUAUGAAUUGUUUCGAACUGCUAUGCCUCCAAGAGAGUAACGCGCGCCGUCCUUCGUACGAGCUGCGACGCGCCUGUCUCCUCCCAUUGCAGAUCGCUUUGGAAACAAAGAGGCCAAGGCUAGUUACAUUCGCAGUACAGGGAUUUUAUAAAAUCUUAAGAGAUGACCGUUUCCACCGUGGAAUCGAACCAGAAGACGAUUCGCUGUGGAUGCCCUCACAGUUAUUAUGUGCCACUGCUUCAGUCAUGUUUCAACAACCAGAAACACAGGUACAAAUAUUCCGCAUGUAUCUAUCACUGGCGUUGUCUCCUCGCCGAACAUUGAACGGUCGUCUCUGUGUGUGGGCCUGCGGUCGGUGUGGAGAGGCAGCGGGUGCGGCUCCUCAUGUGGCCGCUGCCGCGAGGGCUGCAGCCGCCCAAGCAUUGAGAGCUUAUUGUGCACAAUUAGACGAGGAGUGUACCGAGCUGCUGUCGGAAGGUUCUCCACUUGGCAGGAACCACAUAGUGGCAGUAGGCUGUUACAGUGAAGUAAUACCAGUCAUACAAUACUUGUGCAGCAGAUUGGCCGAGACACAGUCGAAUCCAAAGCAAAACCCGCUGGCCCUAUUCUUUUUGGAUUGCCUCUUAACGUUGAUGUCCAGCCUAUCGGAACGUGUUAGCGGUAACUUGCACUUCACAACAUUCCUGUGGCAGAAGUUUUGUCCGUCGCUUAUAUCUUUCCUCGGAACGCCCCGGGUCGACAAGAAUAUCAAAUCCAGAGAUCACGAAGGACAUUUAGUUGACGAUUCUGGAAGAGGAUCCGGAGCUUUGAACUCCGCACCAAGCUUCAACAGUAAACAGGCUAAAGCUAUUUACAGCAUAGCAAAUCAGCUGGUGCGGCUGGUAGGUUCAACCUCGAAUCUCCGACCGGUCCUCGAAGCACUGUACCACAGAAUGCUACUCUACCCCCCGGUGCCGCAUCGCGUCGAAGCACUGCGGAGCACCCGAGAACUGCUGCAGAACCCGAGAAGGAUCUGCCAACUCGUCCUGCUAAAAAAGCAGGAGAACCAAGAGCGGCACAGCGACGACAUGGCCAUAAUCAGACUUUUAAUGGAUGGCAUAGAAGAAUGCGGCAGGAGCGGGAAUCCAGAGACAGUUGCCGCAGCCGUAGAGUGUGUGGUCUCCCUACUCGAUGCCUUAGAGAAGCUAUGCUCUGGACCCGAGUAUUACAUAUGCUCUGAGACGGCCGCCCUAAUACUAACACAUUGGCCUAGACUCCAAGACGCCGACUACGCCGGGCCAUUGACCUAUCAAACGCUGGCCAGGUUGCCAAGUCCGUACAGGGAUGUUGUUGCUGUUCUACAGAGUAACGAUACGAAAGACCGCGACUCCUCAGACACAUCGGGCCCCGAGAAUGUGACGUCAGGCAGCGACGGCGAGGCAGACUCCGAUGCAGAUAACGUUUUCUUGCCGUCGAGAGCGAACAACCCUACGGAUGCUGUGAACGACGUCAUAGUAAAAACUAAAGCUGUACCUAAAACUCUGAACCUUGGCCGGUGCACCGUAACAGAGUGCAACGUUGACUUGGAGAGGCACAACGCUCGGCAGUUCGUGAAAACCCUACAAAACUCACUACUACCGAAGCUACUGAAUCUCAGAACUUGUAUUGAGGUUGACGAAGCAAUGCAAGACUUCGCAUCGAAAUACUGCCAACACAACGCUUCACAACCGCCGGCUACUUCGUGCAUAAUGAACGCAGACGGAGUGUACCUGGCCACCUAUGCUUCUCUGCUGCUCACUUUAAGGCAACGACGUAACAAUUACUAUAGCGACCCUCCAAAGGUAGAAAUAGCAAUGACAGAGGAUCAAUUCGUGGACGAGGUACAAGGAAGUGGAGUUCUGGUAUAUCUAUCAGCGACGUGGCUGAGGGAGCUAUACCAGCAAGUAUUAGCUACUGACAUCUUAAAGGAUGCGCCCAUUUACGAUCAUCCAUUGGUCCAUUUGCUGUCAGAUUUGGGAGGGCUAGACCAAAGUCCGGUAAUGUCGGACUGGCAAAAGUUAAAAGAGGCCUCAAUGCUGCACAACAACACGAACGACACCCCGCAACACCAGUCCAGCUUACGUUGGGCGAGGAGAAUCUUAACGUGCGUUUGGGAUUCAAUGGUGACCGUAUUAAGUGUACCGUUGACCGGAUAUAUGAACAAGAAAGAGAGACUACAUCGGAUUAUAUCCAAGAAGAUAAACACGUUCGGUAAAAGGAAACGCAUUGCUUGGGAAGGACUGACCAUACAAUGUUUGGAGGGGUUGCAUAAGGCCGCAAGAGUCAGUAACACGUUAAGCUUACAAAACCGGUGCAGCAGUAUCUUGGCGCUGUUGGCAAGAUCCGCUAUUUCUCAGAUACCAAACGGAAAGAUACUAUCAACUCAUGCCCUGUCAUUGGACAUAUUAAUUACCGGGGGCCUAGAGCUGGGGUCGAAGGCACCGGACUGCUGGGAGCACAUAUUCACGGCCUGCCAGUACGUGUCGAGCUUCGAACACUCUCUGUUCGGGCAGCAGGGGAAGAACGCAACUCCCAUAGUCACCAUGCAAACUGGAAGGAACCAAACCGUCUCGAUACUACAAGCGGACGCUAAGCUCGGUCUGGACGGUAAAGACGAUGAGACUUGCGUGGACGUCUUCAAUUUUCUUCAGCCUGUCCUGGAAAAUAAUUACAACAACGAUAUGUCUGUCGCAAAAAUAGUGGAAACUUGUCGACAGGAGGGUGGGAAUAUUAUAUCAGGGUCGAAUGCAGCGAGAGUUUGUUGUGCUCUGUCCGCCGCCGCCGAUACAUUGUUCAGUCGUCUCGCCGCCACCACGACGCUGCCCACGCUCAGAGCGGCCCUGCAGAGACUCGUGGCUCACCAACACCGACUGCUGUUCACGUCAUGGGAUCAAGACGCGUGCAACAACAACAGUCCGUGGUGGCGGGGCGGGGCGCGCGGGGGGUGCGCGGUUGCGGCGCGGGGCGAGGCGGCGCGGGCGUUGUGCCGCGGGGGGGACGUGGCACUGCGCUGUCUGCGCGCCGCGAGACCGCUCGCGCACCGCAUGGCCAUAUGGACUGUUAUUGGACCGCACUUUAUGCAGGCAGCUUGUCAUAAAGACAUCCAAAUAUCAAGUCUGGCAAUACAGUGUCUUCACGAUUGUGCAACAGCCCUUCUGAAUCAACAAAUCGAACUGCCUCACUUCCACUUUAAUGAAGCACUGCUGAAGCCUUUCGAGAACCUUCUCUGUUUGGAGCUGUGCGACGAUGAUAUACAGGAACAAAUCAUAUCCUGUAUCUGUGAAUUCGUGGAAACAAACAGAAUGGAGAUCCGCUCCGGCUGGAGACCGCUGUUCAACACUCUCCGGGCUGCCAAUAAUGCGAAACAGUACUCCGCAAUACUGGAGAUAUUUAAAGUAUUUCUCGGCACCGACAACACGCUGGUCUUCGCAAACGCGGCUCUAGACUGUAUACUGUGUCUAUUAAGUCACAUUAAAGGUCUGCAUUACGAAGAAACGUCAGCGGCUGAAGCGAAGCCCAAGAAGACAGCUCAAGCCCAACAAAAGCCGAACCUAAAUCUGAAAUUUUCUAAAAACAGCAAAUUCAUCCCACUGAACGAGGAGAAAACGGAAAAAGUCGUAAUCGACAUGUGCAAAGAAGCUUUGUACCAAUUGGAAAAUUGCGCCGACAUUUUAACCAUCAUGUACAAUAUGCCGAAGUGUCCGAUAUUCAAUACCGGAAACCGAAUAAACGGAGACCUUCCGGUGUCAGUGGUUGAUCCCAUCAUACAGACCACAUCACUUGACAUCACCAAUUAUAUCGCCAAUGAAAAUUGCGAGGAACCGCCCAUGUCGUAUAUAGUGUUAUCAACCAGUUUAUCUUCGACUAUGACAAUAAACAACACCCUACUGAAACACGAUAAACCAAGCAACAUUCUCAAAGUGUGGUAUGUUUUGAUCGAGGGCAUAAUUACGGCCACAGUCGUGUGCUCCAAGAAAAAUCAACCAGCCACGAUGGAGACUUUGUUCAAGUUGCUGAGGAAUGCCAUCGAUGUGCCCGGAACGCAUUUCGGACUUCACUGCAUAAACCACGUUCUAUUACCAACCAUACAGAAUUGGCUGCGGCAAAUUGCGAAUGUCAAUAACCACUGGGACAGCGUGAUGCCGAACUUCAAACAGUGCUGUGGAUUGACUACUGACACAAUUGUGAUUUACCUUCAUCAUUUACAACAGAUCAACAUAGAAGGAAAGUCUAAUGAUACCGAGACGGAUAAUGAAGAUGAAUGCGAAAAAUACGAGAAUCCUGAUGUAACGUUUGCUCUAAAACAAAUCAUGUUGAUUCUAGUUGAAUGCAUCGCUCAGCCCCAAGAACCGAUAGCGCGUCUCGGAGCGUCUUGUAUCAGACAUAUCAUUCUAACUUCAGGACACCUCUUGACCGAUCAUCAGUGGGAACUAGUUUGCACGAGCCUUCACAGGGCUUGUAAUGUCAGUUUGACACCAUUGAAACAGCUAACAUACGCUUUCAAAGAGAAUUCCAAUAGUUUUUACGGAGAUUUAGCCAUGGUCAAAGUGGCAGCAAGGCGAGAUUGUUCGGUGAACGAUAACGUCAGGCUACACGCCAUGGCGCAACAAGUAUUUUGGACUGAUCAAACAAAAGACGCGCAUUCAAAAUUGAGUCCGAAGAACAGUUCGCAGAUGUUGAUAGAUGAUAGGAGUUACAUCUUCUUGAUAUAUCUGCAAGAAUCAAUGAAUUUACUUAAUCCAGAUCUAUAUACAAUAAGAAUACCUCACCGAGGUCUCGUUGUCGGUUUGUUAGCACAUCAGAUACUUGUGCAGAUCGUUGCCACGGUGCUGAUUCAAGCAUCAUCCGACGUGUUCCAAGGGAUCAAUGGUAUUUUACUGGAAAGCCUUAAAACUGGACCAGAUAUAUGCAACUACAAGUUUAGUCUAAAAAAAUCAAACUCUGAGCUACUUCUCAAAAGUUUAGAUAUUUCCUUGAUGCGUGCUAUACAGUUCGACGCGCGACCGGGAUUGAAGUUUCUCGUUCAAAAAGUGUCUAAUCUGGAUCACGCCGCCAACUUAUAUAAGCAAACGACAUCGUCAUGGCUCAUUAAAGUCAUUACACUGACUGAAUCUUUCUUCAGUGGUAUACAGAGAUACAAAUUAGGAGCAACCGAUAUAUCUAUAUUGAUCCAUAACUAUUCGAAUACUCCAAAAAUGCUCCUGCAAUACGAUCAGUUUGUUGUCAAAAUGUUCGACUUAAAAAACACGUGGGAACUACUGUGUAACAGCUACGUGAAGCAUCUGAUUAAUUUAUCAGAUUUCGAUGAACCUGAUGUUAUUAAGCAGAGAACACCUCUUAGUUCCGUUGGUAGUGACUCUUCGCUUAACCAAUACGAAAAUGUUUACCAGGAAGAAUCUACGCUAGUAACAGAAAAUAAGGAAAAAACAACUCCAAUAGAAGAAUCAGCGAAAGAUUGUAGUAUUACUAACGAGAUAGAAGAGAAACCAAAACCAUUCAUCUUCGCGGAUUUCAAAACUAAUAGUCAAUCAUCAGAAGUGAUAGCUUCUGUUGAAGAUACCUCACUAAGUGAUGAACCGGAAAAAGAACCAACAACCAACGAAAUAAGAGAUGACGAAGACAAAUAUCAAGAGCGAUCAAGAAGAGAAAGAACCGUUUAUUACUCAGAAGUUAGCAAAGAAAGUCCAACAAUCAAACCAAAAGUUAACACUUCUGAGAUUUUGGACAAACAUACUGAUCCCCGAAAAGUUAACAUAACAAUAAGCGAUGACCCUAACUAUUCUAAUAACAAACAUGUUGAACCAAUAAUUCCACCGCAACCGGUGCCGCCUGAAAUCGAACAACAAAGAACUUUAAGUAUCAACAAGGACGCUGAAGUUCAACGUAACUGUUUCCAGAAUGUUCUGAUGGCAUACCUAGAACUCGUUCUGACAUUCCCAUUAGAACGAUUUCAUGUGAUCCACCCUGUAUUGCAGGGAGGCUUUCUACAACUCGCCAAAACGGUUGCCGACCCCCAACUCCUCGAUAGAAUCAAUUUAUUUUUCGAUAAAAAAGACUUGUCUUCUUCUAAUUAUAAGUGAUCAAUUACUAUUUAUAUACAAUAUCAUACGAAAUAUAUUUUUAUCGUAUUUAAUUCUGUGUCAUGUGGAAAAAAUAAAAUAUGAUAUACUUA